AUGUUGUCUGGGAGUUCCUUGGACAAUCACCCAGGAAAGGGAUCUCUGCACACACUUGAAAUUGAAAACUUCAAGUCUUACAAAGGAAAGCACGUAAUCGGACCAUUCAGUCGGUUCACUGCUAUCAUCGGACCAAAUGGAUCUGGAAAAUCGAAUCUCAUGGACGCAAUUUCCUUCGUUCUCGGAGAGAAGCCGAGCAGUCUGCGUGUCAAAAAAUAUGCAGUGAGUCAAAUAUUUGAAGCUUUCCGUAAAAUUAUUCGAAAUUUCAGGACUUGAUUCAUGGUGCUCCGAUUAACAAACCGGUGGCAAAAAAGUGUCGAGUCACUAUGAACUACAAAUACGCAGACGGAAGAGUCAAGUCGUUCACGAGAGGAGUAAACCACGGAACUUCGGAGCAUCUUCUCGACGGACAGACGGUUUCUUCGGCCCAGUACGCCCAUGAAAUGGAGUCGAUCAACAUCUACAUCAAAGCUAAAAACUUCCUCGUUUACCAAGGAGCCAUCGAGAAUAUUGCGAUGAAGAACCCGAAGGAAAGAACUCAACUGUUCGAGGAAUUGUCUCGUUCGCACGAGUUGCAGGCGGAGUAUGAUAAGCUGAAAGUAGAAGUUGUGAAAGCAGAGGACGACACUCAACACAACAUGAACAAGAGAAGAGGAAUUGCACAGGAGAAGCGAGAAGCGAAGAUGGAAAAGGAGGAAGCAGAGAAGUAUCAAGGAUUGAAGAAUGACCUGGCAGCGAAGUCGACCAUGCUCUACUUGCAUCAACUGUAUCAUUGUGAGAAAACAAUGGAAGAUACGAAGUCAGAAAUUAAAGAGCAAAGAGAGGUCAUUGCGAAAUUAGACUCGACAAAGACAGAAGAAGAGGCGAAGAUUUGCAGCAUGCAACAAGAUCACCGGAAAGCUCAGAAGGAAGUUCAGAAAAUAGAACGGAAAGUGACUCAGAAAGAAGCGGUAAGUCUGUCUUAUACUUGGCAGUAAACUCAUUUUUUCUAAAUUUAGGAUCUUACGGAGAAAAGACAAGACGCUCUGAGCUUGAAAGUGUCUGUUGAAUACGAGAAAAAGAAGUUGGAGACUGCGAAGAAGGCGUUGGCGGCGGCAGAAGCGAAGGCUGACAACAACAAGACCCAGUUGGCCGAGUUAAAGAAGAGGAAGAAGGAGUUGGAGAAGAAAAAGGCAGCGUACGAAGCAGAAGUCACCGAGAAAACGCAGAGAGGAGAUCUGAACCUUUCGGAAGACCAAGUGAAAGAAUACGAACAACUCAAGGACCAGGCUCAGAGAGAAUCGGCCAUGGUCCAGAGAAAUCUCGCGUCGGCGAUGCAAGUGUUCGUUGGACACAGAAGUGCUUUGCUUCACGAGGAGAGAAAACAGAAAGAGCAUCAGGACAGAGUGAAUGCAAAAGAAGCAGACGUGCAGAGACUGGAGCGACAGAUUGCGGCGCUCACCCAGAAGAUCAAGGAUACUGAAGAGGAGACGAAGUCGAUAAGGGACAAUCUGAAAAGGUUGGAGAACAACGUGGUUGUCGACAAGUCGACGGUAGCAGAGUACAACAAGGAACUCGUGUCUGUGAAUCGCCAACUGUCAGAUGCAUCCGGAGAUUCGGCUGAAGGAGAAAGAAACCAGAGACGAAACGAAGCGCUGGAUGGAUUGAAGAAGACUUUCCCGGAAGGCAUUUACGGAAGACUCGUCGAGCUGUGCCAGCCUUCUCACAAACGAUUCAACAUUGCCACCACGAAAAUCCUUCAGAAGCACAUGAACAGCAUCGUCUGCGAUACCGAGGAGACUGCCACUAAGGCCAUUACAUACCUGAAAAAUAAUCGCUAUCCUCCAGAAGUGUUUCUUCCGAAUGAUGCUCUCAUCGUGAGCCCUCUCAAUGAAACGCUCCGCUCGCUGAAAAAGCCAACUGGAGUCAAACUUGUCUUCGAUGUUUUCAAUAUUCACGUCCCAGAAGCGAGAAAAGCGCUUCAGUUUGUGUGCGGAAACUCGCUUGUCUGUGAGAGCCAAGAUGAUGCGAAGCAGUUGGCCUACGGAGGCAGCGGCCUUUCUGAUCGUUACCGUGCCGUUUCUAUGGACGGAACUCUUUUCCAACAAUCCGGAGUAAUGUCCGGUGGAACUGCCGACUUGCGCCAGAAGGCGAAGAAGUGGGAUGAGAAGGUGGUGAAGCAGCUUCGCGAAAAGAGGGAGCAGCUAACAGAGAAGAUUGCCGAUCUGCAAAAGCACAGACGACGCGAGCUGGAAGUGGAAACGGAGAGAGGAAAGGUCAGAGACACCGACAUGCGGCUCGCGGCCUGGAAGAAGGAUCUGAAGCAUUUGCGUGACGAUCAACUGCAGCGGCUUCAGAACGAACUGGAAGGAAUGACUGCUGAAUUGAACAUGUUGCCGGUAGGUUUUAUCCCCAAUCAUUCGCCUUAUUCAAUCGAUUUCAGCCCCGUAUUGCUAAUUGCCAAGAGAAAGUAACUGAAAGUGAAGCUGAAGUAAAACGUCUCGAAGCACUGAGCAAUGAAGUUUCCGACCGCGUCUUCGCUGAAUUCUGCAGGCGUGUGGGCAUUGAAUCGAUUCGUGACUACGAGGACAAGGAGCUGCGAUUCAAGCAGGAGAGGGAAGACCGGUUGCGUUCGUUUGACGACGAAAUCCGGAAGUGGGAAUACGAAAUUGAAUUCCUCAUGGAAGAUGACGUCACGCGAAGUGUCAACAUCGAAAAGGAGAAGGUUCGGAAUUACUUUUCGUGUCUUUCAAACUGUUUCCCCGCAAACAAAACUAUUAACUAGCAAUAAGGACAUUCUUAUCGCGUUAGCAAAGACAUUAGGAAUGCUCUUUUACGACAAAGUACUUUCAUUGCAGGUUUCCCAAACCGAAAAGCUGUUCAAGGAGACGAAGAGAAAGGAGAAGGCGGCGGCGAGUGCAUACAAAGAGCACGAGGAGUCAAUCGAAGUAGACAAGGCUAUUUUAGACGAGAAGAAAGCGACGGCGCAGAAGUUGGAAGCUGAAUGGAACGAAGUGAAGAAGGCGGCGGCGGUGGCUACGAAAGAGUUUGCAAGAGCUGAAAAAGAGUUGUUCCGUCUGGAAAGUCUUCUUUCCAAGAAGCAGUAUGAGAGACAUUCGCUGCUCCACGCGGCGAAACUCGGACAAAUCCAUUUACCGCUUACUUCUGGAAGUAUGAAUGAAGUCGAAUACGAAGAAGACGAUGAUGGUAAGGCUGUUAUCUGUAAUUAUUCUGAGUACGCCAGUUGCAGAUGACUCCGACUCUCAAGCCUCUGGAAACGACGGUAAUGGCAACCACGACAGUCCGAGCGUUUCCCAAGAACAGAUUCAACGAGAGCAGCGCAUCAAGAUAAACUAUGAAUCGUUGCCGGAACACAACAAAGAGGUGAUCAUUGACCGUCGAUUGUUGGCAUUCCGUUCUCACGAUUUGAAUUGCAGAUGGAUGAAGAGGACGCAAUCAGGAAAGCGACGAUCUCUCUAAACGCGGAAAUCGAAGAGCUGAAGAAGAGUGUGGCCAAAAUGCACGCUCCGAAUCUGAGAGCAAACCAGAGAAUGGCGGAGGUGAAGGAGCGAGAAGCCGAGUCGUCUGAAGAGCUCGAGAAUGCACGAAAGAAGGCGAAGCAGAUCAGACAAAAGUUCGAGAAGGUACGCUUUCUAAACACUUAUUCCCUUUAUCCUUGGUUCACAUUAUUGCCAAUCGACAUAGGUGUUUUGAGUUGAGCGCCGGUACUUGGGGGCCUGGUUCGGAAAGAAAAAUUUGGCAGCCGUAAGGAAACCUCUUACAGUCGCGGUGAAGUCGGAAAUGUCCAGAUUGCUGCCCCUUAAGGACAUUCCAGCAAUUUGGACAUUAGUGGACUCUAGUGCAUGUACCAGGUAUCCUAGUGGGUUCAAAUGAGUCGAAAUUGAACGAAUAUGACCCAUGGAAGUAAUUCAGAUAGUUAGAACAACUUGACAACCUGUUACAAUCCGGGUAAAUUGGGCUCCCGCACCUAUGUCAAUCGAUAAUUGUUUAUCUUUUAUCUGAUGCCAGGGAGUGUUAAAUUGCAUCACUACGGAGAGACGCAAAGAAGAUGCUGUUUACAACAACAUGCCAGACCCUCAACUCGUGGCUUUCUCUCUCUCUCUCUUUCUCUUCUUAUUAUAUUUUUUCCCUUUCCAUUCAAUCGCUAUUUUCAGGUGAGAACCGAACGUUACCGUCGUUUCGCCGACUUUUUCGAACCUGUCGCAAACGCAAUCGAUGACAUCUACAAACAACUCUCCCGCAACACGUCUGCCCAAGCAUUCCUUGGUCCCGACAACUCGGAGGAUCCGUUUUUGGAGGGCAUCCAGUACAACUGUGUAGCUCCAGGAAAACGCUUCCGUCCGAUGGACAACCUGUCCGGAGGAGAGAAAACUAUUGCCGCGUUGGCUUUGCUCUUCGCCGUGCACGGUCGGAAUCCUGCUCCGUUCUUCGUUCUCGACGAGAUCGACGCUGCUCUCGACAACACAAACAUCGGAAAGGUGCGUGAAUUUGCGAUUAUUCCAAUCGAACAACUAUUCCUUUCAGGUGGCCUCGUACAUUUGUGAAUCUGCUCGCGAGCACAUGCAGGUCAUCGUCAUUUCUCUCAAAGAAGAGUUCUACAACAAGGCGGACUCGCUUAUCGGAAUCUUCCCCCAUCCAGCCGCCUGCACCACUUCCGGAGUGCUCACAUUUGAUCUAACCCGAUUCAAACAGAUUGGUCUCAACGAGAUGACUGAGAAUCCACCGAACGCUUCUCAGUAA